GCCCCACCUCUCUCUCUCUCUCUCUCUCUCUCUUUGUGUGUGUUUUCUCUCUCUAGGAAAGGAGCUCUGGGCCGUUGGAUCCGAGAUGUGCGGAGGAGCGAUCAUCUCCGACUACAUCCCCGCCGCCGCGGCGAGGAGGGCGACGGGGCAGCACCCGUGGGCGGAUCUGAAGACGACGAAGAAGAAGAAGAAGUCGGCGCCGAGUCGCGGGGUUGCGGAUGUCGACGACGACUUCGAGGCCGACUUCGAGGAGUUCGAUGGCGAGUCCGAGGAGGACGACGAUGUGGAUGUGGAUGUGGAUGUGAAGCCCUUCGUGUUCACCGCAAAAUCCACCCUCUCUCGUGGAUUUGAUGGGCAUGCGGCUAAACUAGCCAGCCAGAAGAGAAAGAGUCGAUACAGAGGGAUUCGCCAGCGCCCGUGGGGCAAAUGGGCUGCGGAAAUUAGAGACCCCCGCAAAGGGGUUAGGGUCUGGCUCGGUACGUUCAACACCCCGGAAGAGGCUGCUAGAGCUUAUGACGUGGAAGCCCGCCGGAUUCGCGGGAAGAAAGCCAAAGUGAACUUUCCAGAAGCCGGCAUAACUUCCCAAAAGCGCUCUUCUAAGCCAAGUGCUCCGGCGGCAACCAAACAAAACCCACCGUCGGAGAAGUUGGACUUCACGCAGUCCUUUGAUUACAUGAAUUACCCAGAAACCAAAUUGUAUUCUUCUCUCGCGGAGGAGCUUAGUAAACCAAAAGCACUUCCUGAGGGAGCUGGCAAGAAUCUCUUCUCUGAUCAAGGAAGCAACUUUUUUGAUUACACAGACUUCGCAUGGGAAACUAAGGUUGAAACACCUGAGAGUGCAUUGAUUUCCGCUCCCUCUAUAGCCAAUCAUGUUGAAUCUGAGAUUCCGGAGUACGGGAGCCCUCGGAAGAAGAUGAAAACCUGUUCUGGCGACGCGACACCGACCGAGGAGAACACUUCAUUAGAGCUCGCCGAUGAUCUGGACUUCGAACCCUACAUGAAGCUCUUACAGUUCCCUUAUAUUGAGGGGAGUUCAUAUGACUCUAUUGACGGCCUCUUCGGCGGCGAGGUGGUGCAAGAUGGGUCCAACCUUGUCGACCUUUGGAGCUUCGAUGACCUCCCCAUGGAGGGUAGUGUUUAUUAAGAGUCCUCGCUUCUGUUUUUGAUGUAAAUAAAGAACACAAUGUGAGCAUUUCGAUUUCGUUGCAUUCGAGCUAUUCUAACUCGCUGUUCGACGCGUCGAGAGAACUCAUUUAUUUCUAUAUUUGCUUUCUUGUUUCAGGAAUUGAUAUGGUUGGGGUUGGUCUUUGUUUCGUGUUGCGACAAGUCUCUUGCUCGCUGUUUCAAUUUUCAGUUGUUGGACUUGGGUUUCUGUCAUGCUGUCGAAUGAUUUCUUGUUCUGAAUACCGAUCAAAAGCUUAUUAUGGCCGUGUCUCGUUGCCUGUUGUUGUUGUCGAAGAAGCCUGUGAACUUGAUAUUGUCAUGAAGUGAUGAGUUUGCUUUGCUGAAGCUUUGUUGUUUA